AUGGUUAAUCACUUUGCCAUUCCAAAAAUUUCACUUCAAGAUCUAAAGCAAUUUCUGAUGGAUUCCACUUGCACAUAUACUACAACCUUUUCGAAACUUCGCUCACUCAUACUGAAAUAUCGAAAGGAAAUACCAAUUUUAUUUAUUAAUUCAAUUUUUAAGGACAAUUUUCAACUUCAAGACAUUAUUGAAGCUGCAGAUUUUAUCACUUUGGAUUGUUUACACAAUGAAGCUAAGUGUGUUAAUGAACAUACAAUUACAGAGCUAGAGAGUUUCCUAAGUGAUCUCAUAUCCUUUCAUAACGAAGCUUGCAUGAAUAGCAAUUCCAACAAGAGUAAUUAUUUCCAAACAUUAUUUUCAAUCAUUUCAGAAAAAUAUAACAUUGAUAUUGAGGAUCUGCUCAACUCAAUUUCAAAUCUCGUGGUUGAAAUUGAAAAGGUACAAAAAAAAGCACAGCGAGACGAUCAACCUUCAAUCAAAACGAACCAGUUAAAAGCUCCGGUUGAUGCCCUCGCCAAAGUACGAUCAAGCUUAGCACGUGCAGAACAACAUUUAAAACGAACAAGAGACGACUUUGAGAAUGAACGCAAUUUGUUUGUAGAGAAUUUUGUGAGAACCGACUCUCCACAAUUAUCGAUUCCAGUGAAUUAUAAUAAGGACUCAUCCACUAGCACUAAUCAUUGUGACACACAAUUCCUGACUCGGAAAGAAAACGAUGAUGCCCCUCAAUUUUUUCUUUAUCCUUUCAUAGGAGACGUGAUGCGACUCAAUCGAAAACAGUUUCCAGCUCUGUUCGAGCAUGAAAAGGAACAAGAAAAUAUAAUUAAGCAAGAAAUUACAGAAGUUCCCUCUCAAGAUUUUUUCAAGCCUUUUGGAAAAUAG